AUGCAUCCAGCCCCUAGCCUGCUCGAGGCGCCUCCGAAGACGGAUGAGUCGAGAUCUCCCGCGCCUCCACCCGGGCACGGCGGCCCUCCAGUCGGCUCGACACAGCAGCCAGCGCCCCCGACCCCAACACAGUCGGUUUCGCCGCCAUUGAGGAAGGAGACCCCUUCUUUGAUCUCCGCCCAGGCUUCCGCUACCUCUCCAGCGGCCGGGACGGCCCGUCUAUCGCUCGAUGGUGCCAACAACACAUCGAGGCGGACCGGUCCCUUGUCCCAGCAGCAAAGAGAGAAGGCCGCUCUCAUCAGGAAGCUUGGCGCCUGCUCUGAUUGCCGGAGGCGUCGCGUCGCAUGUCACCCGAGCCAUCAUAACAUGACAUGGGAGGAUGCCGUGAAGAAAUAUCACCGGCCAUUGAGCCCGAGUAUCCCGGAAAUCGCCCCUCUUACUGGCGCCAGGCCCAUCAGCCCGGCCCCUACUGCGAACCAUACUCAUCCCCAUACCCAUGCGCAUAAUCACACGCAUAACCACGUAGGCCAUAACAAUCAUGUGAAUUCCGUGUUCAGGCGAGACUCAUCCGACGCCAUGGAUAUCGAUUCCGGGCCGACCCAAACCCCCACACAGUCGCCCCCUCAUAGCGAAUCGCGCCUCCGGACACCACUACCGUCAGGAAAGCCGCUAGCUGUGCCCGGGGUAGAUAGUCUUCGCGCGGUACUUGAGAGUCAUGCCUCGCGCAUCUUUUCCACUCCCCAUCGGGGCCGCUAUUCGGCAGCACAAGCCCUUCUUCUGUACUGGCAGGACGAUGACGAUGAACAGCUUAGCGCCACUGUGCAAGACCUUGCCGAUGUAUUCGAUAAGCAAUACCGAUACACAUUCCAGAGACAGAAGAUUCCAUCUCCCUCGGACGAGUGCAGAAACCCUCUCCGUUGGCUUUUGCAGCAGAUAACUGCAUUUGCCGACGACCGGGACCAGCGUGAUGUACUCAAGAUCUUAUACUACAACGGGCACACCUUUCUCGAUAGGAAUAAGGAGAUGGUGCUUGCAAGUUUAGGUUAUUGGAUCGGUAACCAGCCUACCUUUGCGGCGGAUCACACUGGCCCUCAGAUUCACCUAUCCAUGAGGUUAAAGGAUGAUUUCUUCGAUAUCGAGAACUGGGCGGAGUGGUUACGCGUUAUGCCUGAUGGCGUCAGAGAUGUUCGAGCUAGUAGUGUGUGGGGCUCGACCGGGCUUUGUUACUUCUCCGUGUUGUUUGAAUCGAUGCUCCCUAAGAAGAAGGGCGAAUAG